AUGCAAGACACCUUUGCUGCAAUAACCCAACCAACAUGGGGUCCCCUUGUGCCAGCUCCGAGUCAACCUGAUGACUUGGAGCUGGCCAAGGAACCAGUCAUUCCACCACAAGAUACUAUCCCAGUCAUGACAGACUCACCUUUGCUUCCAAAAAAGCGGCCUCUUUUUGAGCCACCUCCGUUGCAAGAGGAUGCAAAACGCGCACAGAAUGAUCUUGGGGAGCUACUGAGGCCAUGCAGGAAGAGUGGGCUAGGGUACCUGCCUUUUUUGGGAGGUGAUAUCCUUCAACGUUGCAUGGAGCAAAUUGCGAUGUAUCUCCACUUCUUCCUGGACGGAGACAAGACUGGGAAGAGCUUUGGUUGGAUCAGUGCAUUGUUGCACACUGCACAUGCCUGGAGACAAGGACUGCACUGUGCACAGAAGUUGCAUGAGUGGACACGCAAUUUCCUCGAAGAUUGCCAUCAGUUGCCAUUCACACCAGAAGCCUCCUUGUCAGUGUCUCUGCUGGAGAAGCCCGACCUCAAGGAAGCUCUCUGUGAGCAUCUCCAGAGCAUUGGGAAAUAUGUACAAGCUCUUGAUAUUGUUGAAUUCAUGGCGAACCCCGAGACACUCACCCGGUACGGUCUUCAAAAGCCCAUUGGUCUAUCGACAGCUCAGACAUGGAUGCACAUCCUCGAUUACCAUUGGACAAAAGUGCCAUCUGGGCAGUACAUUGAUGGUCACAAGUGCGAGGACAUUGUUGCUUAUUGUGACAAUGUGUUCCUUCCAACAAUGGCAAGACUUGAACAACAUGCACGGGGCUUCAUCGAUGGUGCAAUGGUCCAGGGACCUGUCUUGCCAAAUGGAGCAUUCUCCCAUGAGGUGACAGUCAUUCUGGACGACACUUCUGAACUUUAUCAUGGCAUUGAAAUCAAAUGUACCAUGGCCGAUGGAUCAGUUCACCGUGGAGUUGAGGUCGAAAUACCGGUGGAUGCUGUUGGUGCUGAUGGCUCUGAGUCUGUGAGAGUCGUCUUCCGAGCAGGCAAGGCCCGUGACAGCUAUUUCACAAAUCAGGAUAUCAUUGACCAUGCGACACUCGCGAUGGGCAUCCUUUCUCGGCACUACCCUGACGAACGCCACAUUCUGAUCUUCAACAAUGCAACAACGCACCUGAAACACCCAGACAAUGCGCUGUCUGUGCGCCGCAUGUCAGCAAAACCCACUGUGCUGAACAAAACAAUGUUUGGCGUCAAUGUCAAUGCAAUUGGCCCAGACGGCCGACCUGUUUAUAAACCUGCCAAUGGAAAGAAGGUCAAACAACGCAUCAGGAUGGGCAACAUGAAGUUCGCAGAUGGCAUGAAACAGUCACUGUACUUUGCGGAAGGCACGGAGCAUCUGGGCGUAUUCAAGGGCAUGACGGUGAUCCUUGCGGAACAUGACUUUAACACCAGCGGUAAGCUUGCCCAGUGUCCGGACUUCAAGUGCAAGCCACCGGCUAUUGACUGUUGCACCCGGUGCACCCUGUACAACCAGCCCGAUUUCCGUGACAUUGAGAGUGUCCUGGAGACACUGGGAAAAUGCAAUGGAGUCAAGAUUGUAUUCUUACCAAAGUUCCACUGCAAACUCAACCCCAUUGAGCAGUGCUGGGGUCACACCAAGCAGGAUUACUGA